GACGGUCCCGUGCAAACGUGCUAGUACUCAAGGCGAAAGAGCGUAUUAUCAGAAAAUCGCAAGGACAGAUCAGUUUCAUAGUUGCGAAGAAUACAGGACAAAGCGGAACGUUCUCCUUGAGACGCGUGCUCUCGAUAGUUGCGGUACAGGCUUCGGAGUUAAAUGAUCGCACGGUCGGCCAGUGAUAAUAGUUAGAGAGUAGCAUCCCGGAAAAUACUUUCUCCGCCGGCGGUAUAAAGCCCCAGCGCGUUAUAAGUGGCGCGGUAUUACGUGGCAGGAUCGUUGAUGGUGAAUCGUUGUGUCGAGUGGUGGUCGAUUUUUACUUAGCUCCGGCAACGCGUUUAUAUUACGAUUACGCGCGGUUCUACGAGGCGUAUCCGCGAAAAUAUUCUUAUACGGCUAGAAGAAGAGACCUGGACACGAGUAAAAACAAAUGUCGAAUUCUAUCCUUAACUGCAUAGUGUCAAUGUCUGUGAUUAUUGCCUCAGGAUGCUUGUUCUACUUCUACGUCGUACUGGCGAAAGAGGAAGCGCAGGGCCAGCAGCGGCCAAAUAUUAUAGUUAUCAUGGCGGAUGACCUUGGCUGGAACGACGUGAGUUUUCACGGUGCCGAUCAAAUACCUACGCCGAAUAUCGACGCUUUGGCAUACAAUGGCGUGAUACUGCAACGACAUUACGUUUUGCCGAUUUGUACACCGUCGAGGACAGCCUUUCUUACCGGGCGUUAUCCUAUUCGGACAGGAAUGCAAGGCUACCCGCUGAAGGCAGGUGAAGAACGCGCGAUACCUUUGAACAAUACGCUCCUGCCAGAAUACCUACGAAAAUUGGGAUACGCCACGCAUCUUGUAGGAAAGUGGCACGUUGGCUAUUAUAGCGAUUAUCAUACACCGGCCUAUCGUGGUUUCGACACCUUCUUGGGAUAUUACAGUGGUUACAUCACAUACUUCAAACACACCAUCGAGCAAAACCUCCACGUUGGAUAUGAUCUACAUUACGACGUCGCAGGAAACUUAUCCGUCAAGUACAGCCACGAAUAUAUGACAGACCUUAUAACGGAAAGGGCCGAAGAUAUAAUUUUCAAUCACAAUCGCAGCAAACCUCUGUACCUUCAGUUAUCCCAUGUUGCCGCUCAUUCUAGCGACGCUAAGGCAAAUAUGGAAGUCCGCGAUGAAGAAGAAACGAACGCCACGUUAGGCUAUAUCGAAGACUUUGACAGAAGGAAGUUGGCAGGCGUGGUUACCGCCAUGGAUGAAUCUGUCGGUAGAGUUGUCCAGGCGUUGAGGCAGACUAACAUGCUGGAAAACUCGAUUAUCGUUUUUAUGUCUGAUAACGGUGCACAGACUGUGGGUCUUUUGAACAAUUAUGGAUCAAACUAUCCUCUGCGUGGGCUGAAGUUCACGCUUUUCGAGGGCGGAGUUCGUGGAGUAGCGUGCGUUUACUCGCCAGCGAUAAAAAAUCCGUCCAGAAUAUCAAACCAAUUGAUUCACGUGACCGAUUGGCUACCAACAUUUUACUCAGCUGCCGGCGGUAAUUUGGAAGAUCUGGAGGAAAAUCUUGACGGUGUGGAUCAAUGGGCCACUAUCGUUUCUGAAAAAAAGACCAGGCGUAAGAACGUAUUAUUGAACAUCGACGAGAAGCAAGCUCUUUCUGGAGCUCUAAUGGGAAGAUACAAAUUGAUCAAUGGAGCGAAUGUUUCGUACGGCGAUUACUACGGCGACAGCGGCACGAGCGAAUCGUACCCAGAGUACAACGUAUCGAACGUUUUGCAUUCGGCAGCCGGUUCCGCUCUUGCCAGUGUUUCGAACGCGACGUUCAACAGCGAGCGUAUAAUCGAACUUCGACGAGCGGCCACGGUUGUUUGCGAUAAUUUUACAAGUUAUCCUAGGUGCCUGGACAGAUGCUUGUUCGACGUCUACAAAGAUCCUUGCGAAACUACGGACGUGUCGCGCGAGCAUCCGGAGGUUGUCGACGAGUUAAAUCGCUUCAUCGCUGAGUACUUCGCAGUUCUAAAGACUCAAACGUCCGGUCUAGUGGAUCCACGUUCUUAUCCCGAGCACUUCAAUGGAACCUGGAUGCCCUGGAUAAAAUUACCCGACGAUGAAAUUCGACUUCUUAGCGGUCGAUAAUCUGUAUGGAAAACCGUGAAAGAUCUAUACGGAAGAACGAUACAUCGCAACACGUAUCAACGUGUACAGAGAAGCAGCUUUACACGUUUGAUCACGAUUUCGUACGAAGCCUCUAUACGUCGAAUUUUCGUUCGUUAAAGCAUCGUUUUUAUUUGUUAAAUAAAAAAUCGACCGGAUGAAACGGCCAUUAGGUACUAA